AUGGUGCGCUUCGUCCGCCCGGGGCUGCUGCGCACGACGUCCUUGUCGCGGACCUUCUCCGUGCUUUUGGAGCUCUGUCGCCCCGGGAGCAGCGCCGAGAAAGCCCAGGCAUUCCUGCAGAGCACGGAGAGCGCUGACCGGGUUGGCGCCUUUAUCAGCCAUUCCUGGCACGCGAAGCCUCUUCCGAAGAUCCUGGCCUUAUGCUACGAGCUGAAUGUCUCCAUGGCCGUGAAGGCCUGCUGGCUGACUUGGAUGGUUGUCUCCCUGGUUCUCCUUGCCUCUGCUGAUGGCACUUCCGAAGAUAUGCGAGACACCCUCGGCUCAAUCGCGCUGUCUCCUUGGGUCUUCUUUUUGACCGUCGACUUGCCCCUGAUCGUGUUCUUCAUGUUCUUCUUCUUCGCACAUGGCUUGACCUGCGAGUUCUGGACUCCAUCAGUUUGGUUCGAUAAGGCCUGCAUCAAUCAAGAGGAUCAGGCUGAGAAGGAGGAGGCGAUAGCAAUCCUACCAGAGAUUUUGCACCAAUCCUCGCGCAUCCUCGUCGUGUGGGAUCCCACUCUCUUCUCGCGCUUGUGGUGCAACUUAGAGAUUGCGACCUUUGCCAAGAGCCAUAGGGAAGAUCAGGAUGCUAUCCGCAUAUUGCAACCUUGGGUUACGCCGUGGCUGCUGUGCAGUAUGUUUGCCGAAUGGUUGGCCGCUCGGGUCUUGCUGCCCUGGUACGGGCGGCUCCUGACCGCAGAGGAGAAUAUCGAAUGGCAUCCGGGCUCGUUUGUGGACUACUUGGUCGCGGGUCUCAUCUCCAACGCCCCUUUUGUUGUUCUUCAGCUUCCAGCCCUCUGGAUAUCUGCAGUCUUCUUCUCUUACAAGCUUAAGUACAGCGCUGACAUCUUGCAUGCCUUUGCCAACUUCGACGUCCGGAAUGCGCAGUGCUCCAUGAGCAGCGACCGGACGGCUCUGCAUGCGCAGAUUGCACGGGUUUUCGACGAGAUCGAAGAUGCGCCGCUGAGCAUCGAAGUGGAGGUGCCCGAGAACUUCCCGUCUCCCCCCGAGGCUACUUUUGACCCCGAGCUGGUGGAGCUGAUUAGGAGACCGAGUGUGCGGCGCAUCACCAGCUACCCGAGCGAGGAGAUGUGCUUAGAUCUCUUCAACACCUUCGUCAGGAACGAGCUGCGCUGCCAAAUCGUCGAAGAGACCGGCCGACCCUCACAUCUGCCACUGGGCCUCGCAAUCUUGGGUGCGCUUCCCUUGCAGCUCUGGCUGAUCUCAGACAUCUAUCUACAAUGCGAGCAAGUUGGCUGCAGGACGGUGCCCAUGUUUUAUUACCUGAACUCGACGGAUCAGUAUUGGGUCUUCGUCUCAGUUGCCACUUUCUACGAUACUGUCUUGGCAAAGCCGCUCCUUUAUGCCGCAGCCCUGCGCACCUUGGAUCGUGUCUACUCCAUCGGAGCCUCUUGGGCUCUAGAGUGGGUCUCGGUCGUCUUGGCCAUGGUUUUGGUUCAGCUCUGCGGCUACUUCUUCGAAGCUUUGGUGACAGGUUGCAUGGAGUACCUUCUGGCGGAAGGAGUGUCUGCUCUUCCGCUGUCGCUUCUUUCGCUGCUGCUCUUUGUCACAACGUUCCUGUGGAGCAGGGCGUUUCUACGGUGA